UGUUGGUUUGGGAAACGUCAGAUGUGAACGAAUUAACCUAACAAUAAGAAGUCAACAGUAAUGAUAAGAUAAACAAUUUGAAAGUUUGUAGUGUACAUUAACCAAUGUGCUUUGUAUCUAAGAGUUAAUAGAACCAUUGCAGAGUAUACUAGUGAUCCAGGAAUGCAUUUGAAAAGCUAACUACUCGAGAUGUCAACAACGAACGGAAGCUUCACGCAUUCACCGCCGUGGCGCUGGGAUUGGGACUCUCUAUGUGGCGCGGGAGGUUUAAAUAUUUGGUCACCAACUUCCCGUGAUCUAGGACUCUGUUUCCAACAGCUUUGUCUUCAGAUACCUAUUCUCUCAAUCUUAGCUUUCACGUCUGCCUAUUAUUUCGGAAAAAAUGGAAAACCUGUGAUCCGUGGUGCGGUUCAAAUAUUAGCCAUCAAUUUUCGUUGCUUUAUGGUUCUUAUAAUGGCUUCGUUACCGGUUCUUCAGAUAUACAUCGAUUUGUAUAAGAGCGAAAAUAGAAUUUUGAAAAUUUCGUACUUCCUUUGCGCCGUUCAAGGUAUAGCAUGGAUCACUCAUUUUUUCUUCUGUUUGUCGCUUAGAAAAUUCUUCGGCAAGAGUCCUAGGGGUCCGGUUUUGAUCCGGGUAAUUUGGACAAGUAUUUUCGUUAUGACUUUGAUUUCUUUGAGGAGUCACUUUUUGAUAUAUGACCACGCGGAGAAGCCUGAUUUCAGUGUUUUCUUGUCAUACACAUUCAGCGUUAUACAUUUUUUACUACAAGUGAUGUACGCACUCAGCUUGUUUCCUGGUAAGGGCGAUACCGUUUCUCUGACAUAUGAAGACAGGCCCAUAUCAGCUCAGCCCGACGAGAAUUCCCCUCUUCUGAGCCAUUCCUAUGUGAGCUUGAUAAAUGAAAAUGGCGAUUACAGCUACCUGGGUGUAGCGAUGGAAAACUCAAGCUGGUUAUCGAAGCUCCUUUUUUCUUGGGCGAAUCCUCUAAUGGAAAAGGGGGAUAACGAAAUGCUCCAGGAUUCAGAGGAUUUGUUCGAUCUCCCUGGUGAUAUGCACGUUGGUCAUAUCAGCGAUGAAAUGGAAAAACACGUUUCUCCCAGAAAAGAAACAUAUCCCACAAAUGAUGCGGAUGGAGAUGUCCACACUCCCGAGGUCAUCGUUGUACGAGGAAGCAAUUCGACCCUAUUGAAAGCACUACACAAGUGCUUCUGGAAGGAGUUUUACGGAAUAGGUAUCCUGAGGUUCAUGUCUGAUUGUGCUGGCUUCGCUGGACCAAUGCUGCUCAACAGAUUGGUCAGCUUCAUUGAGGAUAAAAACGAGCCAAUUCAUUGGGGCUAUUUAUAUGCUGCAGGUCUUGCCUCCAGUGCUAUUGUAGGAGCGCUUUGCGACUCGCAUUUUCAAUUCUGGAUGAGCGUGAUUGGACUGAAGAUGAGAACAGCCCUCGUGACCACGAUUUACAGAAAAGUCCUGGCUGUGAACGGUUCCGUCUUGAACUCAUAUUUUUCAGUCGGAGAAAUAGUGAAUUUUAUGUCAACCGACACAGAUAGGAUCGUAAACUCGUGCCCUAGUUUUCACGCCGUUUGGAGUAUUCCAUUUCAGCUGGGCGUCACCUUGUACCUCCUCUACACUCAGGUCGGCUUGGCAUUCUUGGCCGGCGUCGUUUUCAGCGUCGCCCUCAUCCCAAUCAACAAGUUGAUCGCAAACAAAAUCGGUCAGCUCAGCACGAAAUUGAUGGCGGAAAAAGACUCGCGGGUCAGGGUAAUCACCGAAGUUCUGCGAGGAAUUAAGGCGGUCAAGCUUUACGUGUGGGAGCAGCAUUUCAUCAGGAGCAUUAAAGGUUUGCGAAAAAGAGAAUUGAAAUAUCUGAAGGGCAGAAAAUAUCUAGACGCAUUAUGCGUGUACUUCUGGGCCACCACACCAGUUUUAAUCUCCAUCCUUACCUUCGGGACUUACGUUCAGAUGGGAAAUAAGCUCACUGCCGCCACAGUUUUCACUGGAAUUGCAUUAUUGAAUAUGCUCAUUAGUCCUUUGAACGCCUUUCCUUGGGUUCUGAAUGGAUUAACGGAGGCUUGGGUAUCCAUGAAGAGAAUCCAAAAACUUUUGAACUUGACUGAAGUGGACCUGAAAGAUUUCUAUGAUGAAAAAAUUAUGGAAGAAAAUAGACAUUGCGAUAUAGUACUGCAGAGUGGUUCGUUUAACUGGGGAAAGUCCUUGACUUCUGAGGAAAUUGAUCAAUUGCAUUCCAAAGCUGAGCGGAAGUCGUUGAAGGGAAAGGGUAGAGGAAAGGGAAAACUCUCUGAGUCUUCAGAAGAACAGCCAGAAGUGGAACCGCGAUUGUUUGAGUUGCAUGAUAUCAGCAUAAAAAUAAAAAAGGGAGAAUUUAUAGGAGUUAUGGGAACCGUAGGCUGCGGAAAGUCCUCUUUUCUUUCUGCAAUACUUGGCGAACUUAACAUGACUGAGGGAGACAUAGCAAUCAGUCAAGUUGAUGGAGGUUUCGGAUUCGUUUCCCAGCAGCCCUGGCUACAGAGAGGGACGAUAAGGGACAACAUAUUGUUCGGAAAAACGUUCGACGAGCAGCGGUAUAAAUCUGUGCUCUUCGCUUGCGGACUUGCCGACGAUAUUUAUUCGCUUCCUGCUGCAGAUCUGACAGGCAUCGGCGACAGCGGAACGACGUUGUCUGGAGGCCAGAAGGCCAGGAUCGCCUUAGCAAGGGCGGUGUAUCAAGACAAAUCGGUUUAUCUCUUGGACGACGUGCUGUCGGCCGUGGACGUUAAAGUGGCAAGGCACAUAUUCCAGCAUUGCAUCAUGAAGAUGCUGAAGGAUAAGACCCGCAUACUGUGUACCCAUCUAGUCGACUAUCUGGUAUACGCGGAUAGGAUCAUCCUAAUGGAGAACGGUGCGGUGAAGCUUCAAGGAAAAUCUAUGCACGUCCUCAGGAAUUUCGACAGCAAUCUACCCCUGGACCUGGAACUGAGCGACGAUUCCCAGUCAACAUCCACCCUAGAAAAUUCCCUACUUUCAAGUGUAAGAAUGGAGAGCAAGUCAGAAGACACCGACAGCGUACUCCUGAACGAGAGAAGCCAGAGGGGAAGCUUGGAAUUCGGAGUGUUGAGAUCCUAUCUGGCAGCUGUCGGCUGGCUCUUGGUCUUGGCGAUAUUACUUUCCAUCGUCCUAAUGCAGACUUCCAGGAACAUGACAGAUUUGUGGUUAUCGCAGUGGGUUACGGCGACGCACAGUGAGAAUAACAGUACGAAUUAUUCGGGGAACUUGUUGAUGUAUCAAGUUUAUCUGAGUGAGGAACCUAAUUUCGCGACCAUCGAUUUUUAUCUGAAGGUUUAUGUGGCUUUGGCUGUUUUCAAUAGCGUCUUCACGUUACUGAGGGCGUUCCUUUUCGCGUACGGUGGAAUUGUUGCGGCUAGAAGGAUUCAUCAGAUGCUUCUUGUAUCGGUAAUGAGGGCUCAAUCAACAUUCUUCGAUGUCUCUCCGGUCGGACGAAUUCUGAAUAGGUUUUCAAGUGAUACCUACACCAUCGAUGAUUCUCUACCAUUCAUCAUGAAUAUUCUUCUUGCCCAGUUUUUCGGACUCAUGGGUACUGUGAUAAUAACCAUUUACGGCCUGCCUUGGAUAUGUUUGAUCUUGUUCCCGUUGGUUCCUGUAUACCACUGGUUGCAGUAUAGUUACAGGAGAACUUCCAGGGAAUUGAAGAGGAUAUCUAGCUCAACGAUGUCUCCCCUAUAUAGUCACUUCAAUGAAACUCUUCAGGGGCUGUCCACAAUCAGGGCGAUGCGAGCCAGCAGGAGGUUCAAGAAAGGGAACGAAGAGAAUUUGGAAGAAAACAUCAAGGCUCAAUUUUCUAGUCAGGCGGCAGCUAGAUGGCUCGGGCUAAGACUUCAAUUUAUCGGGGUGGCCAUGGUGACUGGCGUAAGCUUCAUUGCCGUUAUCCAGCACCAUUACGAUGUGGCUGAUCCCGGGUUAAUUGGAUUGGCGGUGUCGUACGCACUUUCUGUGACAGGCUCCCUUGGCGGAGUGAUCAACGCCUUCACGGAAACGGAGAGGGAGAUGAUAGCGGUGGAGCGUGUUAAUCAAUAUGUCACUCAAGUGCCGCCCGAGACGACACACCACUCGUGCGAACCGCCCUUUGGCUGGCCGAAUCAAGGAGUCAUACACUUCGAUAAAGUCGUCCUGAGAUAUAGGGAAAAUCUUCCACCCUCCCUGAGCGGCGUGAGCUUCGAGACCAGACCCUGCGAGAAAAUCGGGGUGGUUGGCAGGACUGGGGCGGGCAAGAGCUCGCUGAUAGCGGGGCUGUUCCGGAUGGUCGAGGUGAAUUCUGGAUCUAUCUUUAUCGAUACGGUGAGGAUAAGGGAUGUGUCCCUCUCUUCUUUGAGGUCAAGACUUUUCUGCAUCCCCCAGGAGCCAUUCCUCUUCAGCGGUACGCUCCGUGACAAUUUGGACCCUCUGGGAGAAUUCCGGGACAACGAAAUUUGGUCCGCGUUAGGGAAGGUUAACCUAGUUGACACAAUUAAAACUCUCGGCGGGCUCGAGAAUGAUGUAGGCAGCGGCGGCAUGAAUUUUUCGAUGGGACAGAAGCAACUGGUGUGUCUGGCUAGGGCAGUCCUUCACAAUGCCAAGAUACUGUGCAUAGAUGAAGCUACAGCGAAUGUGGAUCACGAGACCGACAGAUUGAUUCAACUGACACUCCGUACAGCGUUCAGACAAAGCACCGUAUUGACUAUAGCCCAUAGGGUUGAAACUAUUUUGGACAGCGACAGGGUGUUAGUCAUGGGGGAUGGAAGAGUAUUAGAGUUCGAUACUCCAGACAGUUUAUUAGCCGAUACAAAUUCACAUUUUUACCAGAUGGUCAAUCAUGAGUAAUCCCUCCACUUGUUGUUUAUUAGUUCCAACAGAAGGUGCAUGUGCGUACAGAAUGAUGAAAGACUGCAUUGGAGUGUUUUUGUGCGAACUAUGUUGAUUUUAGAUUAAUUACUUCGACUGAUGUAUCCGAAAUUUCACCGAUUGAUAUUCAUUUUCGGCUAGUGGAUAGUUCAUUAUUUUGAUAUUAAUUUCUUCUUUUUCAUAUAAUUUUAUUUUAAUGUAAGUUUAGGAAAUUACCAUGAAAAUAUCAUAGUAAUCUAAUGGCAUUCUUCCUGUUAAUAUGCCAAAAAUCGUUUAUAUAUACAUCGAUUUAGUAUGAAUAUUCCAAUGCUGUUGAAGAGAUUCUUAGGUAAUUAUUUGUGUUUGAAAUAGAUGUGAAUAUAAGCUGAUUAAAAUUUUUUACAAGA